AUGAAGUUCCUGAUCCCUGCUACUCUUGCCCUCGCCGCCGUUGCUUCCUCUGCAGAUGCCCAAAAGUUCUGUGGCCGCGACGAUCUCAAGGUUGUCGGAGACUACACGGUAUACAACAACCUCUGGGGCGAAGACAAUGACAAGACUGGUGGACAGUGCACGGAGGUGACUGGCAGCACCAGCUCGUCUGUUUCGUGGAAGACAAGCUUCAACUGGGCCGGCGAUAACUGGCAGGUUAAGUCGUACGCCAACGCCGCGCUCAAGUUCCAACCCAAGCAGGUCUCGGCGAUCUCGUCGAUUCCCACGUCGAUCGACUACACAUACACCUUCGAUGGCCAUAUCAUCGCCAAUGUCGCCUACGAUCUGUUCACCAGUUCGUCCGCCAACGGUGAAAUUGAGUACGAAUUGAUGGUGUGGCUCGCUGCACUUGGUGGUCCCUGGCCUCUGACCGACAGUGGCAAGCCCAUCAAGACCGUGAAUAUCGGCGGUGUCGACUUUGACCUGUUCCAGGGUAUGAACAAGAAGGUAAAGGUGUUCUCAUACGUCGCCAAGAAGACUGCUUACAAGUUCUCGGCUGACCUGAAGAAGUUCUUUAACGAACUUCCUGCCAACAACACACUGCCUCAGACGCAGUACUUGGUGAAGUUGGAGGCCGGCACGGAGCCCUUCCAGGGCAAGAACGGCGAGAUGAUUGUGAAAUCGUACUCGUCGAAGGUCAACUAA